GAAGGGGCCCGGUGCGCCACCCGCCGCAGCAGAGGCAGCUCCCGAGGUUGCCCCAGCGGAGGAGGCUGCUGCUCCAGAAGCCGCUGCGGCUGAGACUGCAGCAGCUGAGGCCACAGCUGCCCCGGCCGCAGGCAAAGGCAAGGCCAAAGGUCCCCCGGCCAAGGGAAAGAAGGGGCCCGGCGCGCCACCCGCUGCAGAGGCAGCUCCGGAGGUCCCCCCAGUGGAGGAGGCUUCCACGCCCGAGGCUUCAGCUGAGGCCAGCCCUGAGGCUGGGGCCUCCGCCCCACCAGCUGCAGGCAAAGGCAAGGCCAAGGGCCCUCCGGCCAAGGGGAAGAAGGGACCGGGGCCUGCCCCGGCAGCAGCUGCAGAGCCUGCUCCCGAAGCACCAGCUGCGGAGGCCGCAGCGCCCGAGGCCGCUGCAGCUGCGGGCGCGGCAGCGCCAGAAGCGGCCGAGGCUGCAGCUCCUGCGGCCACAGGCAAGGGGAAAGCGAAGGGCCCUCCGCUCAAGGGCAAGAAAGGCCCGGGACCGCCACCUACCGCGGCAGAACCGCAGCCAGAAACUCCGCCGGCAGAGGCCGCCGCGGUGGCCUCCGAGACCCCAGCCGAGACUGCGGCCGAGGUAGCUGUGGAGGUCGUGGCGCCUGCCGGCGAAGGUAAGGGCAAAGCGAAGGGUCCUCCGGCCAAGGGCAAGACGCUGGGCCUUCAUUCAGCGACCAGCCCGCCUCCCGCAGCCGCAGCUGCACCGGAGGCUCCGAAAGAGGAGGCCUACCUACGUGAUGCCAUGCAAUGUGAUGGUAUGGUCAGGUAUCGUAAGGUAAGGUAG